AUGACGACAGUCACGACUGGGGCUGCUGGCGGGAAGAAGGGGGCGAACGCCUCUGGAGGCGCUGGAACAGUCGACCUCAACUCCCUGCAGCCACCGGAAUUUUGGAAGGCCCGUGACGCAUUGUUUGACGAGUUGUUUGCGGCGCAGGAGGCUAAGUACAACUCCAUGCAGGUGCCCAUUACCGUCACGCUGCCGGACGGCAAACAACACUCCGCCGUGAGCUGGCUGACGACGCCACUAGAGAUUGCUAAGAGGCUGUCCAACUCGCUGCCCGAGAAGGUGAUCGUGGCACGCGUGAACGACGAGCUGUGGGAUCUCACUCGCCCCUUCGAAGGCGACGCCACACUGGAGCUCCUCGACUGGGACGAUGCCGAGGCCAAGCACGUCUUCUGGCACAGCUCCUCCCACGUGCUUGGCUACGCCCUCGAGCGGGUCUUCCACACCCGGCUUUCCGUUGGCCCCGCGCUGGAGGACGGUGGCUUCUUCUACGAGGGUGACACGGGCCGGCCGCUGUCGGAGUCAGACUACGCGUCAAUUGAGGCUGCUAUGCAGGAGCUCAUAAAGCAAAAGAUGCCGUAUCAGCGCCUCACCAUCUCAAAGGCCGAUGCGCUGCGCUUGUUUGGUUACACGGAGUUUAAGAGCAAGAUCCUUGCAAGCAAGGUGCCCGAGAACGGAUUUUGCACAGUCUACCGCUGCGGUCACCUGAUUGAUCCCUGCCGCGGUCCGCAUUUGCCGGACACCGGCCGUGUGAAGGCCUUCGCUGUGACAAAGAACUCCUCCUCCUACUUUGAGGGGAAGGCCGAGAACGCGGUGCUGCAGCGGGUGUACGGUAUCUCCUUUCCAAAGCAGACGAUGCUGACGGAGUGGAAGAUGCUGCAAGAGGAGGCUGCACGCCGUGAUCAUCGAAACAUCGGCCGGCAGCAGCAGCUGUUCGGCUUUCACGAGGUGUCACCCGGCAGCGCUUUUUGGCUCCCGCACGGCGCGCGCAUCUACAACACUCUGGUGGAGUUCCAGCGCAAGCAGUACCGCCGCCGCGGCUUUGAGGAGGUCGUGUCGCCCAACAUGUUUUCCUCAAAGCUCUGGAUGGUCUCGGGCCACUGGGACAAGUAUGCAGAAAACAUGUUCCGCAUCGUAGUGGAGAAGGAGGAUCACGGGAUGAAGCCGAUGAAUUGCCCCGGUCACUGCAUCAUGUUUGCCAUGCAGCAGCACUCGUACAAGGAACUACCCAUCCGCUACGCUGACUUUGGCGUUUUGCACCGUAACGAACUGAGCGGCGCCCUCACCGGCCUCACGCGGGUACGCCGCUUUCAGCAGGAUGAUGCCCACAUCUUUUGCCGCAUGGAUCAGCUGCAGGAGGAGAUUCAGGGCGCACUCAUCUUCCUCAACGACGUUUACCGCAUACUUGGGUUCAAGUUUUUCCUCAAACACGCCACCCGCCCGGAGAACAAGCUUGGCUCAGAGGAAGUGUGGGACCAGGCUGAGUCGUACCUGCGGGCGGCACUCAACAGCUUCUGCGGCAUCCCCGAACAUCUGCCUGACCCGUUCAAGGAGGGCGCUACUUUCACGUUUGACGGGCGAAAGGAUAGCAUCAAGAAAUUCCGCGCCCUGAUGAAGAAGCGGAACGACGGCGAUGGCGAUGACGGUUGGAAGGGGCCGACGCAUGCCGAGGCAUGGGAGGAAAACACCGGUGACGGCGCCUUCUACGGACCAAAGAUAGAUAUCGUCGUGGAGGACGCGCUGCGCCGCCGCCACCAGUGCGCCACAGUGCAGCUGGACUUCAACCUGCCGCAACGCUUUGGUCUCAAGUACACGCUGCCAACUGCAGCGGGCGAAGGCGGCGCCGCAGCACCGACAGCGGAUCUCGCAGAGGGAAAACAGGAACACCACACGGACCCCAACGCCGCAGGGGAGUCAGGGGCGGACGCUGCGGCGGAGGAGCAGCCCGCGGCGGCGAGUGAACCGCUCUCCUCCUACGACAUGGCCGCCCGGGAGCUCUGCCUUGACCGCCGUUUGGACGCCAACCAGGCGCGUCCUGUGAUGAUCCACCGCGCCAUCUUCGGCUCGCUCGAGCGCUGCAUCGCCAUUCUGUGCGAGCACUACGGCGGGGACUGGCCGCUGUGGCUCAGCCCGCGGCAGGUGGUUGUGGUGCCGGUGUCACCUGAGAAUGCCGCCUACGCCGCGAAGGUGCGCGAUGUUCUUCACGCCGACGGCUUUUACGCUGAUGUCGACAACGGCACCGCGACGCUGGACAAGAAGAUCCGCAACGCGGAGCUCGCCCGGUACAACUUCAUCUUCGUCGUUGGCCAUGCGGAGGCGGAGGCGCAGACAGUCAACAUCCGCGGACGCGGCAGCAGCCGCUAUGGCACGAAGCCGCUCGCGGAGGCCCAGCGGUGGCUGCGUGAGCUCGUCGACAGCUAUGACCUGAGCUACUGA